UUAUAAUAUCUCUCUCUCUCUCUCUCUACAUACACAUACACAUAUACAUACAUUCUCAUCAUCAGAGUUUUACCAAUGGCGACAAUCUCAUCAUCCUCCGCCGCAGUGCUCAGCCUGAACCCAUCGACAAGAAUAAUAACUUCUUCUCUCUCUUCAUCCAGCUCAGUUUUCUUCAGCUACAACAAUUUCUCCAACUCCAACCCCAACCGUGGCCGGAUCGUAAUUUCCAAGAAGAGGGGUUUGUCCUGCAACUGCCUUUUCGGUCUCGGAGUGCCGGAGAUCGCUGUUAUUGCCGGCGUCGUGGCUCUGGUCUUCGGCCCCAAGAAGUUGCCUGAAGUUGGCCGCAGUAUUGGCAAGACUCUCAAGGGCUUUCAACAGGCGGCAAAAGAAUUUGAGACGGAACUGAAGAGCGAUGUAGAGCCUUCUGCAGAGAAGAUCACAACAGUCGCUGAAGAAGAGAAGGCAAAAAUUCCGAGCGCCUGAGCAGAGACUUAUUAGAAUUGUUCUGUCGUGAUGAGUUGGCGAAUAAGUAUUUUAGAUACAAAUUAGCUAUAUGUACUCGUGAGUAUUAUCAUCAUUCAAUCCGUUUGUUAUUCCUAUUGCGACAACAUAAGAUGAAUUACGUCUGGUUAGUUUUCUUGGACCAAAUUUGCGUUUUUACUUCAUUUUUUUGUUAGAAUACGUUGUAAUGAUAAGGCUUAUUGUGUAGAAUUGUGUGUUUAUCAGCUACCUAAUAAGAAGUACUCACGCCAUUUGUUUCAAGUGUUUAGUCAUAAUUGCUUUUUUUCC